AUGAGUUAGUGUCAUGUGACAGAGCCAAAAAUGUCAGACGAUAUCAAGAAACGGUUCGAGUUUCCCAAUACACUUAUUCAAUCACAGGCGGUGGCUCAUCUGAUUGCUGCAGUACUGAAAGAAAAUGUUUCUUCAGAGAAGAUAAGACAGGCCUCUGACCAGACUCCAGCUCUCAACUUGCUCUGGGAAAAGUGCUGCAGUGAGAAUGUGGCCCUGCGAACAGCCUGCUCUGAAGGAUUGGUGGCACUUGUUGCAGAGAAACAUGCUGAUCUCAGCUAUGUUCUUCAUGGAGCUCUCAACCUAAUUCCCUCAGCCAGGAAUGUGCAUGGUUUGGUAAAAACUAUUUGGAAAUUAUUACAAAUGCAAACCCUUCACCUGGGAAAAGAUGGAGAUGAGGCUGUUUGGAAUUUGUAUGCAAUCAGGAUCACUCCUCAUCCAUUAAUCAGUGUGCUUGAAAACAGACCUGAGUGCUGGCCAGUUCUCCUGCAGCAGAUAACAGCAUUUUUCCAGCAGUGUCCAGACAGGGCACAGAGUUCAUGUGUUGGUAUAAUGGCUCCAUUUCUAAGAUACCUCUAUUGCGAACCAUCUCAGUUACGUGAAUAUGCAGAGCUGCGAAUGGGCCUACUGAAGAUCUUACUUCAGCGACGUGGUCCAAAGAACAAGGAAGCACCAUCUGUGCUGGAAUGCCAGAUUAUUCUACUUCUGUGUGAUUUUGUUCCACACCUUCAGCUUAAGGACUUGGCACAAGUUACAGAAGCCUUGUUUCUUCUGCAAGAGCUAUUCCUCAGCCUACUGCGCUAUCCUGUGUUUUGGAAAGUCCAGUUAUCCCAGUUUUGUCUGCAACUGUUAUGCUUCUGUGAAGUGUGUUUGAAUAUAACAGGGGAAUGUUCAUCUGUGAUCUCCUUAAUAGAGGACCACUUUGAGCUCCUAAAAGAGGUUUUUCCAAUGGAACAGUACAUAAUUGGUUUAGCCCUACUAUUGCUGCAAACACCAGCAAGUCAGCAGAAGCCUAUCUUGAGUCUAGCCUACAAGCUCCUUUCCUGUUCAGAAACUCAGAACAUCCCAACCACAGCCCUUGUUCUGGUGAUGCCUGUGUUACAGAUCUUAUCUUCCACAUCAGUUGGGGACUGCCUAUCAGAGGAAGAUUCUGGUACUACCAGGCAGCAGUUGGCUAUAAAUCUUUUGGAAAUGCUACAGCAGGAAGAUGUGAAGGAUAGAAAGGAAUUGAUGUCCAGCAAGCUCCUCUUUCCCAUAACCAGUGCUUACAGUUUAUUAUAUACCACCUGGAAGAUCAUGGAGCUCAUGAAAGAGAAGUCUGCAAUUACUGCCUGGUUGUCUUCAGUGAAAUCAUUGCUACCUAUUACAACUCAAGUCCCUAGUCAUGUUUUUCUUCUGCUGGCUUAUCUCCUGGUCCGAGAAAAGGGAGACAGUCUUUGUGGUGUACUCAGUGCCGUUGCAGAAGUAGCCAAGGCUGAUUGUUCUCAGGUCCCAAAUCUGAUCCCAGUUCUGAUAUUUAAAUUGGGAAGACCUCUGGAGCCUGCAUUGUACAGGGAUAUAUUGUACACGCUGCCCACACUGGGUGUACACAAGGUCUGUGUAGCUCAGAUUCUACGCGUGAUACAGAUGCUGGGGAGUACACCAAAGCUUAGAGCUAUUACUCUGCGUCUGAUGACAUCCCUAUGGGAAAGGCAGGAUCGGAUUUACCCAGAAUUGCAGAAGUUCAUGGCAGUAUCUGAUAUGCGCUCUUUGUCUCUGGACAAAGAUGCUCAGUGGGAAAAGCUGAUUGCUAAAGCUGCCUGUAUAAGAGAUAUAUGUAGGCAGAGGCCAUAUCAGCAUGGAGCAGAUAUGUUGGCUGCAAUUUCCCAGGUAUUAAAUGAAUGCACAAAACCUGAUCAAGCUUCACCUGCAGCCAUAGUAUUGCAAGGUCUUCAGGCCCUUUGUGAGGCUGAGGUUGUUUGUAUUCGCUCUACAUGGAAUGCUCUGUCACCAAAGCUGAGCUGUGAUACAAGACCCCUCAUCUUAAAAACACUUAAUGAACUGUUUGCCCUGGUUCCCUCAUUAACAGUGAAUACAAAUGAAUAUGAGAAAUUCAAAGCUCAAGUUAUCAGCUUCCUUUGGAACAACACACAAAACAAGGAUGCUGUUGUAGCAGUUUCAGCCUAUAAAUCACUCUCUUCAUUUGGCUCUGAAGAACAUACAAUUCUUCACCUUCCUGAACAGGCACGACCAGAAGUUGAUCCACUAGAGGAGAUGGACAUGAAUGAAGAAGAGGAAGAGAAGGAAGUGGAUCUCUCUGUUCCAGGCUCUUCCUAUAUCAAGCUGUUGUCUCUGACACCAGCUUCUGUUUUAGGAGCAUUUGAAGAGUUUGCAGCAUCACUUGUGAAACAGGAGAUGACCAACAUGCCCCGUGGUGUGUAUCACUCUGCCUUGAGAGGAGGGACCACACGCUCAGACCAGGGCAAGACUGUGGCAGGCAUUCCGAACUUCUUGCUGAAAAUGUAUGAAAGGAACAAACAACCAGGGAUGACACCAGGCCUUGCAGCUGGCAUGUUGUUAUGUUACGACCUUCCAGUCCAUAUAGGCAAAGAUGGCAAGCCUAUUAAUCGUUUUCUGGCCAGCAGGGGACGCAAUUUCCAGCAAAUGUUGGUAGCUCUCAUUCAUGAGGUUAACAUUCAGCCUUCUGAAUGGCACCGCUCUAUACUGCUGCCACAGUCCUGGUUAGGAUUUAUGAGUCGAACAUACAGUGCAGUCUUGCAGGGGAGACAGGCAGAGCUAGAGAUGCAGUUAAAACAUGGAAAAGAAGAUCCUGAAGAGGUGCAGUACAAACAAUUUACAGCCUGGCUCUGGGUGAGAGAUAUGUUGACCGAUGUCAUCAAAGGUGCUUCAAAAGACAGCCCAGUGGUGAAAGGAAACUCUCUCUUAGCCUUAACCGGUCUUGCGGUUGCAGUAGCCAAAUAUGAAAGCAGCCUUUCCUCAGACACUGAAGGGAUGCCUGAGACUGAACCUGAUUUUCUUCCCACAAAACAUUGGAUUUCUAUGGUCAUAGAGACCCUCUUUAGUAUUGUGAAUAGCCGCUAUAACCCUAAAGGUCGAGUCUUCCCAUGGUUCUAUCAGAAAUCCUAUUCUGGUGAAAAUACAGCCAGUGCUAUAGCUCGCUCCUGUGCAGCCACUGCUUUGUCUCUCCUGGUGCCAGUUUUCAUUGUAUCAUGCAAGGAGAAAGUUGAGGAAGUCCUGAGUAUGCUGACUGCCAGGUUACCCGGGAAACCAAAGGCUGAUGAGUCUCAAGCUGUUCAAAUCCACAUGGGCCUGGCUUUGGGAAUGUUUAUCUCACGUUUGUGUGAAGAAAAAGUCAGUGAUGUACCUGGUCAACAGAUGAACUUACUUCUAAUGAAGUCCCUGGAUGCACUGGAAGACUGCUGCUUUGACACCAGUCUGGAGUACACCACUGGAUGUAUUUUGGGAGUAGGACUUGUUCUCUCACUUAUGAGUCACAGCAGCCAAACAGAAUCACGAGUACAUGUUUCUGCUUCACUGCGAAAGCUCCGUAACUACUUGGAUGGCAGCGAGGACCAAAGCAGAUGGGUCCAGGAGGUCCUUGCCUAUUCUGUGGCCUGUUCCUGUGUCUCUGCUUUCAGUGUUGGAAUCAUAGAAGCAGCAGAGGCUGAGGAGGCCAUGAACAAGCUGCGGACUUUGGUGGAAAAUAAUCAGCAGACAUCCGGUUUUGCUUUAGCUCUAGGUACGAUUGUUCAUGGUUUGUCAGCUUGUGGUCAUGGGAAAGCUGAAGACCUGAGUAACAGGCUAAUGCCAGCCUGGAUUAAAAUUGUACUUGCAGAGGGCUCUCCAACAAUGCAGCGUCUGGCUGCUGUCAAUGGGCUAGUUGCACUGGUGGGUUCUGAAGGAGGCAUGAUACAGCUGAAAUCUGAGAGCAUUCAGUCUUCCCAGUUUCAAAGUAAACUCAAUGAAGUCAUCAGAACCCUUACCCAGAUAAUCAGUUUUUCAGGACAGAUUGGCCUUCAGACAAAUGCAGCAGGGCUUUUGGGACACCUUCAUAUGUCUUGUUUGUCUUCUACCCAGAGCAGGGCAUCUGUUCCUCCAGAUUUUAGCUACUUGCCUGAAAACAGCUUUAUCAGAGCAGCUAUUGACUUUGCCAUUGAAGGUGGAAAGAAAGGCCCAGAAUCUGUCCCAGCUCAGCUGGUGAAAGUCGCUCUGUCACCCGUUGCAUUAGUUGGAGAAAGUCACCAGUAUCCGCCUGUGAACUGGGCAUCCAUUCUUUCUCCUUUGAUGAGGCUAAACUUUGGUGAUGAGAUAAAACAUAUCUGCCUUGAAGUGGCUGUGACACAGGCUCAGUCAUCUCAAAAUGCUGCAAUGCUUUUGGGGAUGUGGGUGGCACCUCCCCUCGUCUACAGUCUCAGUGUGAAAACCCAGAAAUACCUUUUCUUGUCUCUGCCUCUCUGGAUGAAACAUGUUGCAGAAGACAAACUACAGUCUUUUACAGAAGUGUUUCUGAUGCAGCAAUUUGAAGUGAAGAACCGCACCAAAAACCCAGCAAUUUGCCAGUGUGUUUUACAGGGUCUCAGCCAGGCAAUGAAACUUCCAAACCCUGCCCAGUAUUGCUGGACCUUUCUGUGCCAGGCUGCUGAGAAAAUAUUUGAGCUUCUACCAAAUGAAAUUCAGAGAGAUGAAGUGGAUAUGUAUAUUGAUGUAGCAAAAUGUAUCUCAGAAAUGACAGAUUCAGAGAUUGAUCACAUUACCCAGAUCUCUAAGAACAAUAUAGAGAAGGCCACCUUCACCAAAGUGUAUUUAAUUUCUCAAGGCAGACUGCCUCUGAUGAACUUGAGUGCCUUAAUUGAUACUGUGGUAGGGUAUCACCAAAAAGAAUCUAUUGCAUGGAUGCUCUUGCAUGGUUUCUAUCACACUCGUAUUGUGAGCCAUGAAAACACAGGAGUGAUGAAAAGAAUGGACUGGCUGCUAGAUCUGAUGGGCUAUAUCAGAAAUGUUGUGUACAAAUCAACACCUAUACAAAAUGUGGAUCUUAAAGAGGCCAUAGACUUCCUCUUGUGGCUCUUUGCAGCUUCUGUGGUUGCCUGGGCUGACCAUGGUGCACCAUUGUUGCUUGGCCUCAGUGCCAACUGGUCACCAUGGAAGCACGAAAGCGUAUUGCCAGAAUUGUCUGAGGAUCACAUUGGCAAACAGCCCACUGCCAAGCUUGCUGUGCAAGAGACUCUGACUCUCCUUCCAAGCAGCAUUACCCUCUUGCUAGCUAAAGAGCCUUGGAAAGAGCAAACACAGAAGUUUAUUGACUGGCUUAUCAAUAUGGCGGAAAGUCCUACGGAAGUGUUAUCAGAAUCUUCCAAGGAUCUGCUGAAAGUUACACUUCUGGCCUUGAGAUCUCUCACAGAGUUCAAGAAGAAAGCAGUAUGGACUAAAGCUUAUGGGUGGUAGCUACAUGCCAUGUCUUACCCAGUGAAGAAAACUGUUCAUACUUGAGAGCGAAAUCUACAUAGUACUACUAUUCAGGCAUCAAGACGACCAGUUUCAAAGAUUUUUGCCCGCUAGAAAGUUCUUGAUUCUCUUUUUUGUUAUUCUCACCCUUCCUCCCAAAGAUUCAUAAUGAGAAAAAUCGUCUGCUUUUCACUGGUAGGGCAAUUUCCUCUUACAAACUAUCUUACAUUUGGGCUGUGCUGAGUCUAAAUGAAAAAUAUACAUUUCGGAGUUAUUUCAGUGACACAGCUGGAGGGGAAUGUUCCUUUAACCCAUGGAAACUUUGUAGGAACAGAUGCAAAAAAUAAAAUCUUGUAAAAAUUG